CUGUGCGCUCAGGCAGCUGGGAAACAUGAACGAAGCAUAUUUGGAAGUGUACUCUCUAUCAGAAUUGUCUGUAGCUCCUAUAGAAACGAUCGUGACACUGUUCACCGUGAAAUAUUGCAAAUCACCUAUCGAUAUCAAGCUCGUCCCAAGCGAGGAAAAGUCUUUUGAACGAUCUUAUACCAUAGAUAUCUCCACUUUCGCGUAUGAGGUCGUAGAAGCGGACGAGAUUCCACAUGCCGCGAGAGCAUGCGAAUUGCCCAUUAUCGUCGUAAACAGAACCAGCUGCGUUGCCGGUCUAUGCGCUAUUUUACGACACAUAAUUAAAGACGUCGUAGACGAGUAUCCGCAACAGUACUGUCAGAGAUUAUUAGGAUUCAAAGGUUCGUGUCUGACCGCUUGCUCGGAAGCGAGCGUUUGGACAAAAUUCUGCGAGGUGGAUCUGAUCGAAGCUGUAAAAUUCCUGCCAAAAAACGACGCGAUCGAAAACGAAUUGCCUUCGAGCUUGGCGAGGUUCGAGCGGCACAUGUCGCAGCCGGCGAGGCUACAUAAUUUAUACAAAUAUACCACGUCGAAGAAGUUCGCCGACGAGAACGUGAUCCUGCGGGACGGUACGCCGGAACACACGUACGCCGAAGGCUCCUCGAUGACAUUGGCGGAUAUAAUUAUAUUCGUCUGCGUUCGUAUCUUGUUGACCGUAUACCCAAGCGAUACAGCGAUGGAUCUGCUACCGCUGAUGGGAAAAUGGUACAGGAAGAUGAUGGAGGACCAAACGAUACUCGACUGUCUCGAAUGUUUGCCGUCUCUGAACAACGGAAGCGAAUUCGAUGAUUACACGGUCCCCGACGUGGCCGAUGAGAGUUUAUACAAGAGCGAUCCUAAGAGGUACAAACCGAGAAGCCGUAUUUACACGCGGCAGGAUGACGUGGAGGAUUCUCUGGAACUGUUCGAAAAUUUGGACGUUGAAGCGGAACUGGAUCCGGAACCGUUCGCCGCCGAAUUGGACUUCGACUGGUCGUCAAUACCUUUCGAUGCCACUCCGGAGGGUGGUUCGUUGCCGGCAGCUCGUUUAAACAGGAAACACGAACAGUUGCAGAACAUGUGCAAGCCUGUGAUGAAGCUGGCAAAAACGGGGGACGUAAUCGUGGACUUCUGUUCUGGCGGCGGUCAUUUAGGUAUCUUGGCCGCGUACCUUUUGCCGUACUGCACGGUUGUGUUGUUAGAAAAUAAAGAGGAGUCGUUGAAUCGAGCGAAAGAGAGAGUGAAGAAAUUGGAGCUGAGCAACGUGAGAUUCUAUCAGUGUAAUCUGGACUAUUUCAAAGGGCGAUUCGAUAUCGGGAUGUCGUUACACGCGUGCGGAGUCGCCACCGAUUUAGUUAUACAACAGUGUAUCAGGCAGAAGGCAAUCUUCGUCUGUUGCCCGUGUUGCUACGGUUCUUUGCACGACUGUCAUCAUUUAACGUACCCGCGGAGCAACGUUUACAAGAGGGAGAUGAAUCGAGAGAAAUACAUGAUCCUCAGCCACGCCGCGGAUCAGACGCACGACGAAAAGAACGUGAAAACGAGUCAGGGAUAUCGCUGCAUGGCGAUCAUCGAUACGGACAGGAAGUUACACGCCGAACAAUUCGGUUACAAAGUGUAUCUGUCGAAGUUCGUGCCGAAAACGUGUACACCGAAGAAUCACAUACUAGUAGGCAUUCGUACGAAGUGAAUUUCAAUCUUGUUAUUUGAAUAAAAGUACUAUUUACCUAAACGA